AUGGAUUUCACGCUACCCAUAAGAAGUCAAGACAGGAAGGAUUCCUCCAGCUCUCCUCUUCUGGGGCCUCGCAGCAGCUGCAGAAGGAAACAUUACCAGAGCGUCAGGAGAAAGCUGCGGCCUGGACGGAUCUUUGGCUUCGCCGCCAGCCUGGUGGUGGUCUGCAUAGUGGGUUCAUGGAGUGCCUUUUCGCUGGCCACGAUGGUGGCCAAAGAGCUGGGCCCAGAUGCAGAGGGCUCAGCAGAGGCAGCAGGGCCCCACAGAACUCUUCUGCAAUACAACAACCUCUCAGCAGCGGCAGACGACACACCGGUGGCCAUGCGAUCAUCUGAGAUAGAGAUGAAUCACGGAGACUACCCAACGGACUACUUCACCGUGGAGGACAGACGUCAGGGCUUUGUGGUGUUUCAUAUGUUUGGUAUGCUCUACAUGUUCAUAGCCUUAGCCAUCGUCUGCGAUGAGUUUUUUGUACCUGCACUAACUGUCAUCACAGAGCAGCUGGAGAUCUCUGAUGAUGUUGCAGGAGCCACCUUCAUGGCUGCAGGCGGCUCAGCCCCAGAACUCUUCACCUCUAUCAUUGGAGUCUUUGUCUCCCACAGUAAUGUAGGUAUCGGCACCAUCGUGGGCUCUGCUGUAUUCAACAUCCUGUUUGUGAUCGGGAUGUGCGCCCUGUUCUCCAAAGAGGUGUUGAACCUCACCUGGUGGCCUCUGUUCAGAGACGUCUCCUUCUAUAUCAUUGGCCUGCUCAUGCUCAUCUAUUUCUUUCUGGAUAAUCAAAUUGUGAUGGGGGAAAGUAUCAGCCUGCUGAUGUGCUACACCUGCUAUGUGACAUUCAUGAAGUUCAAUCGCAAAGUAGAAAUGUUCAUCAAGGGCUUGCUGGGCAGCAACCAGGUGGAUGAGCUGGAGAGUCCACCCAAGGAGAUUGCACCAGUAGAUGAUGAGAACAAGCUGAUGGCAAAGCCCCGGCUGCAGAGGGAGGGCAGCUGUGCUUCUCUACACAACUCACUGAUGAGAAACAGUAUCUUCCAGCUCAUGAUCCACACCCUGGACCCCCUGAGCGAUGAAGGACGUUUCAAAGAGAAAGCGUCGAUUCUUCACAAAAUGGCGAAGCAGAAGUGUAAAGAUGACGCUAUCAAUGCCAACGGUAUAGCUGAUAAAAACAUCCCCAACAGUUCGAACGUGGCAGUGGAGGUGACGCCACCCAUGAACGGUGUCGCAGGAGGGGAAGAGGAAGAGGAAGAUGAAGACCAGCCUCUGAGUCUGGCCUGGCCUGACACCAACAGGAAAAGACUCACUUACCUAAUUAUCCUGCCCAUUGUCCUACCACUGUGGAUCACACUGCCCGACGUCAGGAGAGAGAGCUCAGCAAGGUUCUUCCCCGUCACUUUCAUCGGCUCCAUUUCUUGGAUUGCUUUCUUCUCCUACCUGAUGGUGUGGUGGGCUCACCAGGUUGGAGAAACAUUCUGGAUCACAGAGGAGAUCAUGGGUCUGACCAUAUUAGCAGCCGGCACUUCAAUCCCCGACCUGAUCACCAGUGUAAUUGUGGCGAGAAAAGGCCUCGGGGACAUGGCCGUGUCCAGCUCUGUGGGCUCCAACAUCUUUGACAUCACUGUGGGCCUGCCAUUCCCCUGGCUCGUCUACAACAUCAUCAACGACUUCAAGCCGGUACAGGUGAGCAGCAACGGCUUGUUCUGCGCCAUCGUCCUCCUCUUCAUCAUGCUCCUCUUCGUCAUCAUCUCCAUCGCGUCUUGCAAGUGGAAAAUGAGCAAGAUCCUGGGCCUUUCAAUGUUCGUGCUCUACUUCGUGUUCCUCAUCGUCAGUGUCAUGCUGGAGGACAAGAUCAUCACCUGUCCUGUCACCGUCUGA